AUGACUUCACCCGUGCCCUUCCUGGCCAAUCUAACCAUUGCGGUGAGUGGCCAUCUUUCCAACGGUUUUGUCCAUAGCGACGUCCAGCGCCUAACGGAGCGGUAUGGAGGAAAGUUUGAGGAUCUUGACAUCGCCGCUUGCACGCAUCUAGUCGCAUCGCAACGAGCCGUGGACCUCGAGUUCAAAAAAGUCCAAGAAGCGUCGGUAACGGAAGACCUGCAAAUCGUCAGUCAGGACUGGUUUUUCCAGUCUGUUGAGAAAGAAAUGCUGCUAGCGACUAAGAAGUUUUUGCUUAGAAUUCCUUUUCAAAAGAAACGAAGCAAGGCUUCAGAGAAGCCCUCGGUAAAGAAAGAGAUCGACAAUACUAAGGUCGAGAAGAAGACUCCCGAAAAAUCACAAGAGAAACCCCCUGCAAAGCCUCCUGCAAAGCCUGCCGCAAAAGCCUCCGAGAUACCCCACGAGAAACCCCUUGUAAAGGCCUAUCCGAAGACCCACGAGAAAAUCAACGAGAAAGAGCAAGAGCUUAACGCGGUCAUUGAUGAUGACCACGUUGGCCCUAAAACCGAUCUUGUCGUCUGGCUGGAUGAGAACAACUUGAUCUGGGAUGCUAUACUGAUCAAGGACAGUUCAUCUGUAAAUUCAAAGGGAGCCGUUACAGCCUACAUACCUGAUAUGGAACGCUUGCAGCUUCUCUACAAUUUGAAGACGAAGGAUUUCCACUUUGGGGCUCACGGCAUGGGCACGACACAAGAUUCAAAAUCUCCUCAUGCUAAAUUUGAGAGAUACUUCCAGGACAAAACUGGUCUUUCCUGGGAAAAUCGCUGGGAUGACCCUAAAGAAGGAAAAUACGUUUUUGUGCCCCGCAUAUUUGAAGAUGUUGAAAUGGAGGAUACCUUCUUUCCAGGGGACGGGAAAGACAGUCUGGACCUCAGCACCACCCAGCUUCCUUCCGCGGUAUAUGAAGUAUUGGGUGUGAUAUUUGACCAUGACCAAAAAGCACACAUUGAAGCAUCAAUCAAAAAUGUUUCAGGUGGUAGACUGACUAGACAGCCCUGGCGGGUCCGAGUCACUUUACGUGCUGCGCAGUCACUCUUGGAGAGAAUCAGCGAGAUGACACUUGAUAAGUUUCAGAGAAGCGACGACACCCGUGCCAAGCUUCUAUCUAUCCUCGGUAAAAGCUACCUAGCACUAAUGUGGCACAGCGACCUUGAUGCUCCGCCCAAAUGGGAUUUACCAGCCCGCUCAAAAGACAAGAAUUGGGUGAAGCGAGAGCGGGCCGCCCUCGGGCUUUUGAACAAUUUAUCUUUUGCCCUUGAUCUAAUGGAAAACUCGACCAAGGUUUCAAAGAAUCAAAUUCUCAAUCGCGCUUAUCGAGGGCUCGGUCUGGCGAGCAUGACACCUGUGAAAGCUGGUACUGCAGAGUACAAGGCUCUCGCAAGCUAUCUGAUUACUAGCUCAGUACCCUCCGCACACGGAUUUUCUGUCCAGCCGGUCAACAUCUUCAAAAUCAAACGAGAGGGGGAGAAGGAACGUUUUCAGCAGUACCAAAAAUCACACAGCACCCUCGUUGGUGACCGGCGCUUAUUAUUUCACGGAAGUAGCGCAGUUAACUGGAUUGGAAUCUUGAGCCAAGGACUGCGGUCGGAUGCUCAAACACGAGUUACCCCAGAAUCCCCAAUGAGAGGUAUUUAUUUCGCUGACGUUUCUUCCAAAUCGGCUGAGUUCUGUCGAUACGUGCCUGGUGAUCCCGAUUCUUGCAUGCUUAUAUGUGAGGUUGAAGUAGGCAAGAAGCCACAGCCAUGCAACGUUGCGCCGCUUGGUGAUAUAAAAGCAAUGCAUAACCAGGGCCAUAUUUCAUAUUUUGCCGCAGGAAAGACUGACUUCAACAAAUGGUGCGAUGCUGGAGCUGUGAAUUCAAGCCUCGCAGGUGUCCAAAUGCCUGAUACCCCUAGCGGAAGGUCUAAAUCGAAGAUUGAUCCUAAAUCCAUGCUCGUCACAGCCGGCUAUGGUCAUCAUCGGCACAACGAAUGGGUCGUUUACGAUCCGGCCCAAAUUCGCCAGAGAUACUUUGUUCAAUUCACGACGGCAUGA